AUGUCGGUUAUCAAAUUCACAACAGCAGUGCUCCACACCCCACCUACCCUCACCAUCACCCCCAUCCUUACUCUCCAACCUCCACCGCGAAACCCAGCCACCCUCCACCCAACCCACGCCGCCACCCCCAACCCCAGCUCCACACCUCCCCACCCUACUCCGCACCUUUACUGCUACCACCGCAAUCUACGACACCCACACCACUCACACCUCCACCCCCCACCCCAUCCCCACCACUCACGCCGCCACCCCCAACCCCAGCUCUACACCUCUCCACCCCCACUCUACAACUUCACCGCCACCCCCGCAAUCCACAACACCUACACCACUCACACCUCCACCCCACCCCACCCUACCACGCUCACUCAAUGCCACACUCGCAAUUCAUGGCACCACUCGCACCUCCGCCCCCCGCCACCGCCACCCCCGUUUAUGCUGGAGAGGCUGAAUCACCACCACUCUCCAACCACUAACCUCCACCUCACCCCUGCUCCAUCCCUCCCCACUCUCCCCCCACCCUCACCGCCAUCCCCCAUCCCCAAGCUCCAACCCCAGCCACUCCCCCUUUCCUUCACCGCCACCCCAAUCCCCAGUCCCGCACCCCACCAUCCCCACCCCAACCCACGCCGCCACUCCCAGCCACAGCUCCACCCCACACACUCGCCAACCUCACCCCCACCCCCUCCCCACACACUCACCGCCACCCCCACAACCUACGGCACCCACACCAGCCCUACCCUAAACCAUGUCGCCACCUACAGCCCCAGCUCCACCCCUCCCAACUCUCCCCCACCUUUACUGCCACCCUCCAUCCCUAGUUUCCAAACCCCACCGCCAAACUCAACCACUCCUCUUACCUUCACCGCCACCCCCCAUCCCCAAUCCCCCACCCCCACCAGCCGUACCCCAACCCACGUCCCAACGCCCAGCCCCAGCUCCACCCUUCCCUACUCUUCCUCCACCCUCACCGCCAUCCCCCAUCCCCAGUCUCUAACCUUCACUGCCAAACCCAACAACUCCCCUACCUUCACCGCCACCUCAUCCCCAGUCCCCCACCCCCACCAUCCCUAUCCACAACCCCAGCUCCACCCCUCCCCACUCGCCCACCCCACCCACACCUUUACCGCCACCUCUGUAACCCACGACACCCGCACAACUCUCACCACCCCACCACCCCUACCCUGCUCCUUCACCGCCACCCUCGCAACCCACGGCACAACUAGCAUCUCCACCCGUUAUAUAAUUAUUGAAAAAAGAUGA